CAUCUUUGCAAUGAUCAUAUUGGCAGGAAAUCUACAAACAACCUUUGUCUUUCUUGCAAAUGGAAGGGCUGUAAUACCACCUGUGCAAAACGAGACCACAUUACUAGUCACCUACGAGUCCAUACCCCUCUGAAACCACAUGUUUGCGAAAUAUGUCAAAAGACCUUCAAGCGCCCGCAGGACCUCAAGAAACAUGAAAAGAUCCAU